AUGGAGAAACACACAACAAUUACAUGGGACGGUUUCAUUUUAGACAAGUUCCGUAUUCCUUCAUCCAUGAACGACACGUGCGACAACACAAAACUUAAACAACCCAUACUUUUUGUUCACGGGACCGCCCGAGAUGCAAGAUGCUGGCUUCUAAUGGGAACUAAGUCUCCAGCUUUCUAUUAUGCUUCGAAAUGUUAUGAUGUUUGGCUAGCGAACACCACAGGUACUGCCUUCUGCAAACAUGCAUCAAUAAAGCCUUACAGUAAAACAUAUUGGGACUUUAGCUUCCACGAACAAGCCACCAGAGAUAUUCCAGCAAAGUUGGACCUGAUUGCUAAUGUUACUGGACAAGCGGGGAAUAUAAUAUACAUGGGGCAUUCAAUGGGUACAACCAUGGCGUUCGUUUAUUGCUCUGUUAAUGUCACCCACUGCAGGAAUAAUUUGAGGGCAAUUAUUGCGCUGGGGCCAAUUGCAAAUCUUAAUAAAAUCAAGGUGCCUUUUUUCCAUUUCUUCGCACGCACCAACUAA